GAGAGAGAGAGAGAGAGAGAGAGAGAGAGAUGGGAUGCUGAUGCACGAGCCACACUGAGAGGAUGCUAUCGACCAGGCUUGCAGAUGUUUUCAGCUCCACUUUGAUCAACAUGCUGAUGCCCACAAUUACACUUUUUCCUGCUCCUCAUUGGCUCGUUGGAUAAGGUAAUGUGAGCAGCGCUUACUUCACACCGCAUGGGAAAGCCGAGAUAUCAAUGCAGAACUCUUCGCUGUUCGGGAUGGUGAGCCACUGUCAGACUCCAACUUUCACAGACUUUACCGGCCUGUCGCUCUCCAUGUACGGCAGCAAGGCGGACAUGUGUGCGCGCCGUGCCGGGAGCGCUGCCUUUGGAGCUCAGAUUUGUCGGAGCCCGUCUGACACACCGGCUCAUAUGAACUGCGCCAGCCCGAGGAGACUCAUCGCAGCCGAGGAAAAACUGCAUCUGUCAGCCAAAGCUCCGCGCUCGUGCCUGCCGCUUCCACCCCUGCAAGUGAACGGUGCCUACUGCUCAGAGAAGGGUGCAGACACAGAGUUGGGUGACACUCAGGCCUCCCUCAUGCGAUGUGGGCAGAGCUUGCCACUGCUGGUGGGGGGUCAUUCAGGGGGGGUUUAUACCCAGAGCCUCCACUGUGACAGACCGACGCCCGACCUCCAUCUGCAGGACGGCCCUCACCAGGACACCAGAUCCUCCCCUGCCUUCCAAAGGACCCUGCCAGGGGCCUCACCGGGCCUGGGCUGCAGCAGUGCCACUGGUGCUCACUCCUCUCUCCCCUACCCAAUCAAACAAGAGAACCCAAUGGGCUACAAGAUCUCCAAUACAGGGUCCGGGGUCAACAGCGCAACUCAGUCGGGGUUUCAGAACUGCAGGGUGGGCCAAGUUUUAGGGGUCACAAGGGCUGAGGUUAUUGGAGGACCGCAAGUUAGCAACAACGGUAGUGGCGUAUGUGCAGUGAGCGGUGUAGGUGGUGCUGUGUCAAGGGACGCAGUACAAGCCUUUAAUAAUGAAGAUGGCUCCUCCCCGCUGGCUUUGUCCCCAACUGGCUCCCGUCAUUCAGCGCGGCUGCUCAGUGCUAGCAGUCUGAAGAGACGCUGCCUGUCUCUGGCCUCGCAGUCCACCGCUGCAGCAACGGGUUCCCCAUCAAAUACUGGCGCAGUAUCCGAAGAGAUCAACAUCACCGCCAUCAUCUGCUCCUCUUCACAGAUGUCGAUGGUCGCCUGCGUCAACGGGUUCCGCACAAACCUCUCGCCAAGCCAAGCCAGCAGUGCCGGCUUUUCUUCCUCUUCCUCCUCCUCUUCGACAUCCCCACCCUCUAACUCCUGCUCGAGGGAAGCCCCCCAGAGGCCCCCACCACACGGCAGCCCCCUGCAGGCCUCUUUGCAAGAGAGCUGUCAGCUUUCCUCACCUGCCACCUGCCUGCUCUCCCUCUCCUCCACUUCCUCAUCCUCAUCAUCCUCCUCGUCAGUGUCAUCAGCAGAGCCGGAGCAGGGCCAGGGGCUGUGCGAGGAGCAGGGCUCCAUGCUACAGGGGCGGGGGGCUGGAGGAACAGCUGGGGGAGGAGUGGGAGGAGAAGGGGGAGGCCAGGACGGGUUAGGGCUGAUGAUGAGUGGGGCCCUGAUGUCUGGGAUGCUGCAUUCAGGGCCUGAAUCUGGGGCUCUCCUGGAUGGGGGCCAAAGAUCAGUAGCUGCCCUCAAGCAGGAGCCCCUGGAUGAUUUUUCCCCAAGUGAAGAUGAACUCUUUCAGCACCACUUUCAUCACCACCAUCACCUGAGUGGGCGCUCCGGGCACCUUCGUCACCCUCAUCACACAUCUCGCCCUGCCAUGCCUCCACCCUACCACUUGCACCAGUACGUGGGGCCCAGUCCUGGGGGGCCGCUGCACCACCAGGGCCAGCAAACAGCUCCUCAGACCUCUUCCCUGGGACUCAAACAGACCUCCGGAGGCCCUCCUGGCUCUCACUCAGCAACAGAGAGGGAAGAAGUCGGAGGAGGAAUGUUAGCUGAUAAGCAGGUGUGUCGUUGGAUUGACUGCAGUGCUGCGUACGAGCAGCAGGAGGAGCUGGUGAGGCACAUUGAGAAGGUUCACAUCGACCAGCGCAAAGGUGAGGACUUCACCUGUUUCUGGGCCGGCUGCAUUCGCCGCUACAAGCCCUUCAACGCCCGCUACAAGCUACUCAUUCACAUGAGGGUUCACUCUGGAGAGAAACCAAACAAGUGUAUGUUCGAGGGCUGUAACAAAGCAUUUUCACGUCUGGAGAACCUGAAGAUCCACCUGAGGAGCCACACAGGAGAGAAGCCGUACCUGUGCCAGCACCCCGGCUGCCAGAAAGCUUUCAGCAACUCCAGUGAUCGCGCCAAGCAUCAGCGCACUCACCUGGACACGAAACCCUACGCAUGUCAGAUCCCAGGAUGCACCAAACGAUACACAGAUCCCAGCUCACUACGCAAACAUGUCAAGAUCCACUCAGCAAAAGAGCAACAGGUGCGUAGGAAGCUCCGGCCCUGUCCUCAUCUGGAGCAGGACGUUCUGAGUGACUGUCUCUCCAUGCAGCACCUCCAGAGCUCAGCCUCCUCACAGCACCUCUACAAUGGGAAAGAUAGUCGUUCUCCUGGACUGGGCCAGGACAUCUUCACAGGCCUGUACACUGUCUCCAGCACCCCCCAUCACAGCGCCUCAGUGGAGCUCCUCUCCCCCACCCCCAACCCCGCCUCCACAUCUGUCAAUGACCUGCCGUCAAGACAACACAGACUGGACCGUGACCUAAACAGCCCCCAUCACCUGUCCCCGCUGACUGCCAUGGAUGGGACGAGAGAUGGGGUGUCUGGUCCCCUCCUGUCUCCAGGGAUGAAGGGAACAGGGACAUCUCCUCCUCCUCCCACUCCUUUGGAGAAACAGCAUGCCCACCCUCAACACAAGCCGUACUCCCACUAUCACCACCAUCAGCCUGCCAAUGACGAAUACCAAGGCAGCUUCCAGAGCUGCUUCCACUUCGGAGACUCCUACAGGAUGGAGCAGACUGUUGGUGGCGUCCACGUUCCAGGAGAUUCUCAUGCCUACAACUCCCAUCAGCACAAUGGCUUCCACAUGUCGACCAACAAUGCAGGUACUCCAGUUCCAGGUUUCAGCUUGACCCAGGAGCUGCAAGGCAGCGCAGGGUGCCAGUUCUCUUCAAGCCCUGAGGAGAGCAUCUUCUUCCAGGUGGGCAGCUUCGACCGCAGCCUGAGUCACAUGUCCUCUGUCUACACAGAGACAUAGAGCAGCACUGGAGCAGGGCACACUUCAGCACACCUCCUCCAGUACUCUACUGUUAUAAUGCUUCCACAGACAUCACACCAAGAAACCAGCUGAAAGAAACAGACGAACACUGCAAAGUAUCUCACUUCUCAUUUCCUAAGAGUCCAACCAAGUGAUUAUUACAGAGUCCGAAACUCUUUGACUCAUAUCCCCUUAGAAAAUGUCUGAGCGCCAGCUACUUGUGUCUUUUAACGCAACAAUUUUAAACUGUUUUUCUCACUCAUCUUAUUCAAAUCAUUUUCACCGGUACAUUUAUGGAGUAGUUACAUAACAAAAAAGCAAAAAAAUUGAGGAAAGCUUUAAAGAAUUUUAAUACCUAAACAUUUUUUUUUCUUUUUAGGUAUUCCCUACUGUAAUAGUAGUAAUAAUAAUAUUACUGUCAUAGUGAUUUCAGUGAUACUGAAAUUUGGCCUGAAACAUUUUGAGCUUGAGACAGCAAGCCUGUGUUUCAAACUUGCAUUGAACCUUGAAUUAAAACUAGCAUAUAUUUAUAGCUUACAUUUUAAGAAUAGGGUUAUUAACCAGGCAGGUCACGUCUAAUAAAAGAUGCCAAACUGAAUUAUGGGAAUUGUAGGAUUCAAUGCUGUCAUGGCUUGACCCCUACUGUAAACGUUCUCAGUGUUUCCAGUAUCAUUCAGGUUUAAUUGCUCUUGCAAGACCUCUAGUUUAAUAAAAGACCAAUGCUUCACGAGCAUGACGGCACUUAUAAGCCUUCAGAUAUGUCUUUGGUUCUAUGUGAGAGCCUCUAUGUGAGAGAGAAAAAUAUCCCAAUAUUAACUGACUUAAAAUUGAAAGAAAAAAAAUGAUUUUUUUUAUAUUCACUUUCAUUCAUUAAAGGACCACUAAGUGUUUUUUUCUGUUUUAGAAUUAUUAAUUUUACAGAUUCUGAUGUCCUCAUACUGGUGCUCAAACUUACACACGGACAGAUCAGCAGUUUAAGAUCACGGAGAAUGUUUUUUCAGCCUCAAUAUUUAAACUUCAGUUAUAGUAACACUCCCCUCCUUCUUCUCCAUGUUUUCCUCUCUGAUCUACAUUUUUCACUCUGUUUUAGACUGAAGUGUAGAAAAGAAUAUAUCAUUUUGCUGUGUUGUUGUAACAGUGGAAACCUUUUUUUUUUUUUGCAUAUCUGUAUUUUGUCAAUUUUUGUGAUUUUUGUGUUGGUUCUCUUGAAUUAUCUCUGGAGAGGUUCCUGAACUCAUUAAUUCAGCAAUAAUGCAGAAACCAACCUACUUUAUUAUUAUAUGUAAAAAAUGUACAGUUUGUUUACAUCAGUCAUUUGAAUGUUUGUCCUUUCUCUAAUAAGAAAUAAAUAAUUGUAUGAUCA